AUGAGGGGACGAAGUAAAUCAUUGGUUCAAUCAAUUGCUUCAGAUAUCCCCAAUCCAUACGAAUCUUCUAAACAUGAGGAGAAACCCAAAUUAUAUAAAUCAUCAUCAAUUCCUGAUUUAGCACUGUUUAAACCAAUAAUCAAGUUACAUCCAUUUAAUAAGAAAGAAACUCAAAUACUCGAGAAACAAUUAUUUGAACUUAAUUUUGAUCUUGAUGUUUUCCAAUCAGAAGACUUCUCCCAUAAAGAUCCUCAGAUCGAAAGCUUUAUGACAGCUUUGGAUAUAAAUGUCACUCAUUUACAUAAUUAUCAACGAAUGCUUGGUGGUAUAUUUGAACAACUUGAUGAUAUUGAAAAUAAAUACUUAAAUAUCAAUCAGUCUACUGGAGAUUUCAGUCAGCAAUCUAUAGCAUUAAUGAAAAAAGAACAAGAAAUGAAUGAGAAAUACCAAUCCAUUAACUUGAUAUUGAAAAAUUUCGAAAACUUGAACCAAAUAACUGAAAAAUUAUCAAUCCCCAGUACAUCUAAACUUAUCAAAUCUAAAACUUUCAAUAAAAUCCUUAACGAUUUGAACAAUUCAUUAAAUUUCAUCAAUAAUGAAGAUUUUAAAGAUUUCAAGAAUAUAGACACUUAUAAGAUCAAAUUUAGACAAUGUAUGACAAGGGUUUUAACCAUCAUAAAAGAUUAUCUUGUAAGAGAACUAAGAAAGAUUGAAUCAGGUAUCAAAUCCAGCACUAAAAAUGAUCAAGAAUUGAUAAAUAUUAGUGUUUAUGCAGAAUUUGACGGAUACAAAGAAAGUUUCAAUGAUGUUUAUUAUAAUUUCCCCAAUUUGAUUGAUGUUUUCAUGAAAAGAAUUGUUGAAAAUGAUGAAGUUGAGUACCAAGGGCUAUUAAUAGAAGUUUUCAGAUGUUAUUUCCAAAUAAGGUUAGGACUAAUCCAGUUUGAUGAUUGGAAAUUUGAUACUGUCGAUUUGAUAAAAUUUACUCAAGAUAAUCUUUCAGUUAUUAAGAAAUUACUUCAUAAAGAGUUGAAUUGUUUUAAGAACUUUUUCGGUAUAGGUGAUAUACCUGAAUUCAUUUCGGAAUUGAUUUAUGGUUAUUUCAAAGAUUUAACAGAACCUUUUUAUGACACCAUCAGAUUAAAAAUCUUGAAAGAACAAAACAUAGGAUCAUUAUGUCAAUUGACAACUUUGUUACAGAAUUAUUAUGAAUAUGAAGAAACUACAGAGGAAAUCAAUCUUCAAGAAAUCUUGAAUCCCAUCUUGAAUAACGUCCAAUCAAGGUUGAUAUUCAGAAUUCAAUUAUACAUUGACAAUAAGUUGUUACCUUAUAAACCUUCCCCUGAUGACUUGAAAAUGGGCCAUACCAAAAGACUGAAUAAUCUCAAUGAAGAGUUUGAAGACAAUUUGUUCCCUGAAUUAUAUUUACCUUUAGGUAAAGCAUUAACCAUCUUAUCCAAUAUCUAUGAAUUGAUAAAUUCUAUUGUAUUUGAUGACUUGGCUCAUUAUAUCGUUCAUAAUUGUAUUCAGAUCUUACAGAAUUCAUUGAAGGUUUCCGAAUCCAAUCUUGGUAAAAUCAACUCAAAAUUAUUCUACUUAAAGAAUUUGAUCAUAUUGAAAGUUCAAUUAAACAAUUUUGAUAUAAAGUUCAUCAGAAAUGAUUAUUCAAUUGACUUCACCAGCGGAUUUAAUGAUUUAUACAAUGUCAUUAAGAAUGGUGAAAUCUUAGUAACUCUUAAUUCAGGUGUUUUUGAAUUGAUCAAGAAAUCAUUACCUAAAAUCAUUAACAACAUGAUCGAUGCUAAGUUAGAAAUUGAAUUGGAGAUUAAUAAUUUAAUCAAUGAAUUGUUGAAAGAUUUCCUCAACUCCAUUAUAGAGGAGUUGCCUGAUUUCAACCAUUUCAAAUUGUCUAUUCCCACCAAGUUGGAAUCAUUCAAAAAACAGAUCAUUGCUUAUCUAAACGAUCUUAAUCUUUUGAAGAUCUUGUUCAAUAACUUGUCUGACUUAUUGAUUAACUAUUAUUUCGAUUAUUAUAAUGGACUUAAGAGUCAAGAGGAUUAUAUGGAACCUGACACUUUUACAAGAUACGUGUCAGACAUCAUAGAUGAUUUGAUUAAUGAUGACAAUCUUCAGAAUAAUUUAAUGGAUAUCAAACCGUUGUUGAAAUUUGACGAGGAGUUGGAUGAUAUGAUGCCUCAAACACCUACCAAAUCCAAUGGGAAGUUAGAUGGGAAUAUAGAUGUGGGUUCAGCUGACGUUCCAGCUGACGUUCCAGCUGACGUUCCAGCAGAUGUCCCAGCAGACGUUCCAGCAGAUGUCCCAGCAGAUGUUCCAGCAGAUGUCCCAAAUACCCCAGCUGGCCUACCCCCAGACAUUCUAGAAAAAUCUCCCUCUGUAGAAUAA